ACGGGACCUUCCGUGACACAUAUCCCCUUGGAAAAGCUCUCGACUUCACGCAGCCAAACUGUCCCUCACAAAACCUGAGUUACAGUCGUGGGAAAUAUUAAGGCAGAAGGACGCGGCACCGGGUUCCUCACAGUCUGAAUGGGAUCCUGAGCGAAUCCUGGGUUUGAGGGCACAAGUCAAGGAUCAAGCACCACCUGCUCUUGACCUGGGUGAGAGGACCCUCCUGGUGUUUCCUCUACUGAGUGCUCUGGCUCAAUGGGGCUGUGUUUUGCCCUCCCAUUGGCUGCACUGGCCAGCUGCCUGCUUCCUGCAGACUGUUGUGUAAUAUGUGACCAGGCAGUCUUGACAGCACUAAAGUCCUUGAAAGAGAAUUACCUACCUGAACACCUGGAUAUCAAGAGUCACAAAACAGUGAUGGAAAGAGCAGAGCAGAUCAUAGUGGAAUUCAAGGAUCUUCCGAUGAAGGAUGGUUCCUUUUUGGGGGCCAUAGAUAACAGCACACUGGAAAAGGCAUCUCGGAGUUUGCUGAAGGAGCUGAAACGCAUCACAGACAGUAAUGUAAAAGGGGACCAAUUUGUGAAGCAGCUAUACCAGAUGUUGGAGAAGGAAAAGGGCAAAUUUGCCCAGUAUGCUGCUCAGUUCCAGAAGAAAGAUUAUUGUCCCAACAAAUGUGGUAUGAUGAUGCAGCGUCUGUUAUGGUGUCCAGAUUGUAACUUGGGGGUUUAUAUUUGCUGGAAGUCCCUGGACUGUGGGCAGCGCCUGGUGAAGGUCCAUGAAAAGGAAAACCUGACCUUGAACUGUCUAUUCGAGUGGCAUCCUCUUUCUGUAGGCCUCACAGACUACCAGUUUUACAGGAUUACAGAGGAUGGUUCUGAGAAGUUGCUGUAUAAGGGAAAGAACCCCAUGCUGACCAUUCCUUCAGUGAAUCCAGAUAAUUCUGGUUCCUACCGCUGUGAACUGGGUUCGGUGAGCUCUGGCCCAGCCACGAUCUUUCAUUAUCUCGUCACAGUUUUGCCCCAAAAUUCUACAGAGGAGACAUCAACAACAGACUUAGAGACUGGGGGUGAGACAGCCUCAGAAUUCCAGUCUGAGACGGCCCCACUCCAGGUUGAGACGGCCCCACUCCAGGUUGAGACGGCCCCACUCCAGGCUGAGACGAGCUCAUCAGUCCAGGGUGGGACGGGCACAACAGUCCAAGCUACUAUGGGUCCAACAGUCCAGGGUGAGACAGCCUCAUUACAAGGUGAGCCAGGCACAACAGUCCAGUCUAUGACGGGCCCAACAGUCCAGGGUGAGAUGGCCUCAUUCCAAGGUGAGUCGGGCACAACAUUCGAGUCUAUGAAGGGCCCAACAGUCCAGGAUGAGACGGCCCCACUCCAAGGUGAGAUGGGCACAACCGUCCAAAGUGAGGCAUCCUCUCCAGUCCAGGGUGAGACUGUCCAGGGCGAGGUGGCCCCAUCUGGCCUGGAUGAGAUGGCCCCACUGCCCAGUGAGACGGGCUCACCAGUCCAGGGUGAGAUGACACCAUUUCAGGGGGAAACAGCCCCAGGUGAAGGUGAGACGGCCCCAGGAGAAGGUGAGGCGGCCCCAGGAGAAGGUGAGGCGGCCCCAGGUGAACAUGUGACAGCUCCACCUGGCCAGAAUGUGACAGCCUCACUCCAGGAUGUGAUAGCCCCUGUCCCGGGUGAGACAGCCCAAGCAGGUUUGGAGUCAUCAUCUGAGACCUCCCAGCCAUCACAUGCCAAGAGUAUGCUGCAGGGCCCUCUCUUUGGGCUACUGAUCUGCUCCUCUAUAGCCCUGAUAGCAGCCCUGGGUGUCAGGCGACUUUACUGAAGAACGUGGAAAGCUAAAUCAAAGUCCUAAAUGCUCAGUGUUGACAACCAAUAGAGCUUCUAAGCACCCAAAGAAAAGGGCUUCAGACUUGGGGAAGAAUUAAAUACGUGUCUUAUUGUCU